GCUUCGAGUGGUAUUGGUCAGUGAUCUGAACGUCAGAGCAGGGCCGGUCGUCGUCGCGGUUAUUUUUCUUCCCUUCUUCUUCGUCUUCGUCUUCGUCUUCGUCUUCGUCUUCUUCUUCGUCUUCGUCUUCAUCUUCAUCUUCAUCUUCGUCGUACAUUAUUUUUUGUUUUUAUUAUUUUAUUCCAUUUUACUACACUCCCCCUUUUUUCCUUCUCUUUUCUUUUCUCCAAGAAAUCAAGAUCGCUCUUCGCUUUUGUCGAGUUCGUUUCAAUUAUAUUACGAUUUCUAUUUUGUUCUUCUUUCUUUUUUUCUCUUCUUUUCUUUUUAUUCUCACAUCAUUUAUCGUGGCGUAAUUUUUAUUUCUUUUUUUUUUCUUCUUCUUUUUCACAAAAAUCAACGUUUCUUCUUCGGUCACCUUGGUCGCAACGGAAUAUAUCGUAACGUAUAUACGUACAUAUGUAUAUAUAUAUAUACACAUAUAUGUAUACAUACGAAGGGACAAAAAAAACGGAUACAUAUUAGAGGUGCAUAUACAUAUAUACGAUAAUACAGUGUGCUACAGUGGAGUUACUAGUGAAGAUUGGAAAAAGAAGGAAAGAAGAAAAAAGAGGAGAAAGAAAAAAAAGAAACAGAAGAAAACCGUUGGCGACCGUUGGCGAUCGUUGGCUGUUUUUCCACGAAGAGAUCUUUUUUUUUUUUUUCUUUUUCAAUACAAAUCUCGAAUCCCAGAGCAACGACACGAUCGGUAAAUAAGCGGCAGAACCAGUCUACAAGGCGGAAAGAUAGCGGCGACCUUAUCGGUAAAACGCGAUAUAUCGGUGCGAUCACGCAGCAAGCAAAGGAUCCCUUUGGUCUCGAGAGAAGAAGGGUAUCUCUCUUGGACAUGUUGGUCAACUAAUGCAGACGUUUGCAUUGAAUCGAGCGAUGCACUCGCACCGACGACAGUCGGUGCACUCCGCGGUGUUCUUCCAUCUCGGACUCGAACGAGAAGAUAUAAAAGAAUAAGUUCAGGAAUGAUAAGAGUGAAAAAAAUAGAGUGAAACCGACGAGAUGAUGUUUUCAAAUUAAACGGGAGCGUUCAAGUCGAAGGGUGGAAAGGGGACAGCAGAAAGAAGAACCUCUUUAGGGAUCGACGCGCUUGGAUGGAGCUUAAAGAAGUGAAGUUGGAUUCGCAGGAGCAGCAGCAGCAGCAGCAGAUACAAGAAGAACAGCAGCAACAGCAGCAACAGCAGCAAGAGCAACAACAACAGCAGCAAAAACAACAAAAGCAAGAGUAGCGUUGAGAAAGGGCCUGGAGGAGGUCCUGGAGGAAAGAACAGGGGUUAACCUCUCGAGGAGGACGAGAGGAGGACGUCAUAGUCCGUCUUAUUCGGACGGCUAAGACGAUGGCUGCAACCGACGGUCAAAUUGUCGUGGCGGCCGCACGUUGGGCCGAGGAAGCGACAUAUUUGCGAGAAUUUGUCACUAAAUAUCGUCUGCCGGCUGUGAUCAAGAUCACAAAGGGUCAAUAUGGUGGUCUUGGUGUACCAACUUUACCAGCCCCGAGUCUUCAAAGUACGGCGUUGCUCUUGUCGGCUGGCCGUAGACGCAAAAUCGUUGCACAGGCUGUUAAAAUCAAGGAAGGACGCAGAGUCGUUGGGAUCGGGCCAAGAUUAGCUAUCCCGGACUCCUAUGCCGGAUAUUUUGAGAUUUUGAGCGAGGAAGGUCGAGCGGUCCGUGGAAUCGAGUCUGUGAACGAGCUCUCUCGAAGAUGCCCGGAAGAAGGAGCCUUGGUACGAGAAACGGUACGUGGUAUAGCUUGCAGAGUGGAUGACGAGUCUGGAAUAGUCGUGCCCGAAGGAACGAGAACGCUGGCGGCUGGUGAGACAAUCGUGACAGCCGGUGAAGUGGCAUUACCAGGUCGCGGACGAUUCCUACGAUGCGUCGACUGUCGAGGUGAGAGCAUACUUUUGAGCAUGGAACAACGUGGCCGCUUCAGCGCACUCGCAAGAGAGGAUAACAUUAGCGGCGUUCACACGGCGAAGGCGUUGCUGAGCAAACGGCUACCACUAACGGUUAGAUUGGUCCACGGGCAGCCACCGAGAGGCUUGAAAUCAUCGUCCCAGUUCGUGCCGGAGCUAAGGCUCCUUUCGACCUUCGAGGAGGAACACGUGUUCGCAUUGCCCUUACAGAGAGAGGGAGCAGCGGUGGCGUUGCCAUUGGCGGCACCUUUGAAGUUGGUCAAGGCGAGAAACGAGGAGGCCCUGAGAUUGAUGCAAGAAUUCACGAGGUUGAUCGAACGAGCCUCACGGCUCGUAGCCGACGUUGCCGAUCGUGCUCACGUUCUCGACGGUCGCUUGGGCGAGAGUAAGCCCUCGAGACAGACCAGAAGUGCGUCGGGAUUUCUCAGGCGAUCCUCGGCCAACUCGGAAAAUGCUCCUCUCGGUCAUCACAGGAACAACAACGGCAGUCAUCAUCAUCAUCAUCAUCAUUAUCACAGUAGUGGUCAUCAGACAUCCUCCGGUCACGUCGGAUACCGGGACGAAAAUCGCGUGCCACCUUCUUCCUGCACCGAGGAUUACGACGAGAUAGAUCAGAUUUACGAUUACGUUCGCGGCUUCGCGCCAUUGCCGAAAAGCGUCAGGUCUCCCUACGAAAGCCCACUGAGCCCCGGCCAAAGUUCAAGUCCACCGUUGACACCUGUCACCGUCACGAUCGCGCCAUUGCUAGACGACAGACCGGAACCACCACCGAUCGAGACAAUCCCAACGAAGAAGAUACAAGCUGAAAAGAGAACGAGGCGAGCGGUUAAGGAAGCUCCACAGCCGAAACUCGAGAAGCCACCUUUGGCAAAGUUGUACGUUAAGAAUAGCGGCACCCAGAGAGGACGUCCUUUGAUGAGGCAAAAGAGCGCCUCGCCGUUAAAGGAGACACCGCCAGGCUAUAAAGGUGGCUCUCCUCUCUUCAACAUACGUUACAAAAGUCUAACGAAUUUGCAGCAGGCUAUGGAACUCGAUGGGACUCUAGACUCCAGUCAUUCAGGUGGUAGGACGUCCGGUGAUUCCGGUGCGGGUGCUAAGCUUCCAGAAAAGAGAUCGCGGCGUUUGAGCAGACCACGGUCGUUGACGAACUUAGUCUGGGAACUUCGAGGUGGAAGCGGGCUUGGAUGUACGAGACCGGAAACGCCACCACCCGCGACCACGGCACCAUUACCACCGACCAAGUGCGGACCCCGUUUGGCUGUCACGGUCGUAGCACCUCGACGAGUCGGCACGCUCUACCUCUAACUCAUCGACAGACGAAGGGCUGAAGAAGGCAAGAGAGCGGACCAAUAGAAGAUUGAACUCUUCUUUAGUCUCCGACUAAUCAAAAUUCAUAGCCAGAGAGAGAAACAGAGAGAGAUAGAGAACAGCAGAGAUAAAGAGAGAAAAAAUAAAAAGAAAAGGAAUCAAUAAGAGGAAAAGAGAGAGAGAGAGAGAGAGAAAAAAAAAGGAAAGAAAGAAAAGAAAAAGACAACUGAUCGUGAGAGAUAACAUUUUGUAUUAAUUAACUUAUGCCCGUGAAAGUCGGCCAUCUAAACUCAUCGUUUCUAUUCGAUCUUUUAACGUACGUAAUACGACCUCUUAUAAAAGGAGAGAAAUAAAGAUAUAGAAAUAGAAGAGAAAGAGACAGAGAAAGUUUGAUAAUAGGAAAAGUUCGAGAUAGUUUGAAAUAAAAUGAAAAGUUUAUUUUAAAAAAAGAUAUGAAAAUUAAUUAAAACGAAAAAAGAUAUAUACAUAUAUAUAUAUAUAUGUAUAUGUAUUAACAAAAACGAAAUAAUCGUCUUACGAACGAAUGAUAUUUUUCAUUAAAAAAAUACAAAAAAAAAGAGGAGAAAAAAAAAUUGUCACACUUUGAGCAUCGUAUUUAAACGAUAACAAGAAGUUGUUGUUUUUAAAGGAUUGAACGAAUAGUUUUUCACUUUGAGAUAUUUUUUUUUUUUUUUUUUUUUUUAACCGAUAAAGAAAAGAAGUUCCACUUAUAAAAAAUUGCGACGAAAUGUUACUCCAUAAAUUUUCAUAUCAACGAAAUAAGCAUAAUGAAACGUAUGAAUUCUGUUCGGCGUAUCACGAUAGAUAUAAAUAGGAUGAAUGAAAGUUUGAAAAAAAAAAAAAAGAAAGGAAGAAAGAUAGUCGAUGAGAUCGUUCACAUUGAAUAGAGAUCGUAAAAAGAGAAAGAAAAAGAAAAAAAGAGAGAGAAAGAUAAUAGAUGGAUAGAAAGAGAGAUAUAAAGAUAGAAGAAAAAAAAGUGAGCAUUUAAUUAAUUAAUCUCAUAAUGGAUUAUAGAUAAGAACAUGAAUGCCAUAAUAAUGACCAAGUUUUGUGGUUGUACUUAAGUCAUACUUUUCUAUUUUGACUCUAUUUUAUAAACUUAGCUUAGAUUUAAGUUAUCGCAUGAUAGUGCGUGCAUAUUGAUAACAUUGUCCGUGUUAUGUGCGUUAUAUUAUAACAGAUAUAUGUGUAUAUAUACAUGUAUCUAUGUAUGUAUACAUGUAUAUCUACAUUUAUAUAUACAUAUAUAUAUAUAUAUAUAUAUGUGUAUGUAUAUAUUUCUCUACCUACAUACACGUACAAUAUAAAAGUUCGAAGCCGCCGCAAUGAAGAUAAAAAAAAAAUGAAGGAAAAGAGAAUGGAAGAAAGAGGAAAGACAAAUUUUUACGAAAAAAAAGCUUAGAUUAUUAGUUUAUACGACAUUUAAAGGAUUCAGAAAAGAUUUAACACAACGAGAUGCUAAAAUCAUUCCAUGCUAUGACAACGAUUAGAUUUUUCAAACAAGACAUUCGUAUGACGUGGACCUUUCAAGAAAGAGAAUGAGAGAAAGAGAGAAAGAAGCAAAAGAGAAGAAAAGAAAAAGAAGAUAAAAUGAAAAAAGAACAGAACAAAUCUAACAUACACAUUCCAGCUUUUUAUUUCCAGCGAAUCUUAGAGAUAAGCGAACGCAAAAUCAAACAAGACAAUGUAAAAAGCGGCGUUUAACAGAGAACCAAUCAGAGCGAUUCCUCUUGUUUUUUUUAUUUUUUCUUUUCUAAUCGUUUUUGAAAUUGUUUUUUAAAUCGACGGUAAAAGGUACUUGUCCAAUCUUUAAUGGAUAAACGACAUAUCAAAAUCGACAUAUCAAAAAAAAAAAUUUCCGUCUACUUGUUCUAUGAUUGUUUUUUUUUUGUCUACGUUAUUACUAUUUUUUUUUUAAUCUCGUUUUUUCGUGAGUGCCAAUCGAUUAUAAAGUGAAAUAAUUUAUCUAACAACGGGAUGGGUCCUCUCCCUCAUCCAUUCGAUAAAUUCGACAAUAGAAUUUUAAAGAUCUCACAGUCUAAAGUUUAAACAAAAUUGCACGUAAUUAUCGCGUUGUCUUUAUACAUCAAUCCUUAAAUUUCUGAAGGAUUUUACCUGACCAUUUAUCACCGAGUUCUCAUUAAAAUAACCGCUUAAAUCGAACUCGUUAAAAGUCAAGUUUGAGAUCGCUUAAUCGGAUAAUUAUUAUCUCAUUUAUUAUGUAUGGAUGAAAUUGUCCGGCUACGAGCGUGCUCGGACUUUGGUCUCAUUUUUGUGAUUAUUAUUUAAGUAUAUUAUAUAUAUAUAUACAUAUGUAUUAUUAUUAUUAUUAUUAUUAUUAUUAUUAUUAUUAUUAUUAUUAUUAUUAUUAAUAUUAAUUAUUAUAUAGAAUAAUAUUAUAGAUUAGGCUUUUUACAAUUUAGUAUGGAUUUAUAUACCGUUAAUUGGCCUCUCAGGGUGCCUAAGAAAAAAUAUACCAUAAAGAUUUUGAUAAAUUUUCAAAUAAAAACUUCAUCACCCGCGAGACCAAACGAAAGAUACAUACAUAUAUACAUACAUACGUACAUACAUACAUACAUACAUAAAUACAUAUCUUGAACGAAAGACCGAUAUGACCUUUCGUUUCUCAUACAGCAUUUUCUUCUAAUCUUUUUUUCUGUUUUUUUCUUUUCUUUUUCCUUUAUCUCUUUCCAUCAAUCAAGAUUGCAAUUGAGGAAAGGAUACGUUAGUUAAUUAAUUGAACGAUUUAAUAAUAAGCUAGCUGUCGACGUUGUACAAUAGUACGUAGUUUAUGUUAAAAGGCAUAAAUUCUUUUUUUUUUUUUUUAAUUAUCAUUAUUAAAUAUUAUGUUUUAUCUAAUUAAAUGCAUACGUAGAAGGCACUCGGUCCCCUUUACGAUGUCGAACUCUGUGCUGUAUCUUGUACGACAAUGUUCUCGGAGAGUUCAAUAGUUUUGCCACGAUGACGAGAUAAAAAAAAAAAAGAAAAAAUUAAGCGAAACAAAAAGGAAAGAAGAAGAGAAUGAAAAAUAAAAAAGAGUGAACGAAAGCUAGGGAGACUAAUUCCUUUUUUUUCUUUUCUUUCUUUUUUUUCUUUUUUUUUUUUUUUUU